AUGCUGUCAGUAUAUGAGCACAUGAAUGUGUAUCUGGUGUAUGGUUGCCUCAUCCAGGCUGCCUCAUACUCGCCCAUACCCCCUCGCCCUGAGCUUUUAGCCCCUUACCAUCAUCCAGGAAUUUUUUCGACGAGCCGUACGGCAGGUUCGUGCUCCGUGCAGGACGUGUUGCGCUCCCUGGGACUGCUGUGCCGCCACCUGGGAGACGUGUGCGCCCGUGGAAUGGUGCAAAACGACCUAAAGGCUGAUAACAUCACAGUCUCUGGCGGCAUGCACCUCCCCGUGGUGCAUGCCAUCGACCAAAGGUUUGACAACAAGGUGUCAUCUCAGACACGUACGGAGGCCUGGGAGCACAUCACUGCUGCCCUCAAUGCUGCCUUCCCACACUCUCAACGAAUACCAAAUCAAGUUGAGAAGAAAUGGUACAGCUUGAAGAGUGAAGGGAAGGAGGAAAUCAGCACCUACAACAAGGUGUUGAAGGGCACAGGUGGUGGGGACCCUCCCAAGCCUCUGUCUGAUGUGGCAACACUAGUACAAACUAUACUUGGGCCAGAAAAUGUUUGUAUUUCUGGCAUUGCAGAGUUGGAUGCUGUAUCCUUACAGAAUGGGAAUACAGCUUCUGCAGGAAGUGAACAUGAUCUUACAGCCAACAACAAGACUGUUGCAGAAAUGGCUGUGAUUGAAAUCGACCAAUGUGAUGAAUUAGAAGUGCAACUUUGUGAUGAUAAUGCAAAACUUCCCAACAUAAGUGUGGCAGGAACUGCUAUUAAACCACCACCACCACCCUCAGCACAUAAGUGUUGCAGCACCUGCAACUGUAGCACUGCCUGUGAAAAGGCAGUGCUGGAACUGGAGCUGCUCAGAGCACAAGUGGCAGCUGCAAAAGCACAGGCCCAUGCUUUUGAUAUGUGGAGUGAAAAAAUUAAGUCACAAAUGAAGAAGUAAUAAGGAGCAGAUCCACACCAUCAUACCAAUAUAUA